UGUCACUUCCGGUUCCGGUAAUGGCGGCGCCCUGACCGUGUGGGCCGGCACCGCUGUCCCCGUCCCUGGCACCGCUGUCCCCGUCCCUGGCACCGCCGCCGCUUCGCUGUCACCGCCGUCGCUGUCGCCGCCACCGCCACCAUGCACUCGGACGAUAUUGUCUGGAGCAUGCUGGGGAACAGGCAGUUCUGCUCCUACAAGAUGAGCACCAAAACCCAGAACUUCUGUCGCAACGAGUACAACCUGACGGGGCUGUGCAACCGCUCGUCCUGCCCGCUGGCCAACAGCCAGUACGCCACCAUCCGCGAGGAGAAAGGUCGGUGUUACCUGUACAUGAAGACGAUCGAGCGGGCGGCGUUUCCGCGGCGCCUCUGGGAGCGGGUCCUGCUAAACAAGAACUACGAGAAGGCUCUGGAGCAGAUUGACGAGAACCUCAUCUACUGGCCGCGGUUUGUCCGGCACAAGUGCAAGCAGAGGUUCACCAAGAUCACCCAGUACCUGAUCCGCAUCCGCAAGCUGACCCUCAAGAGACAGAGGAAGCUCGUCCCGCUGCGCAGGAAGAUUGAGAGGCGGGAGAAGAGGCGAGAGGAAAAAGCCCUGAUUGCUGCUCAGCUGGAUAAUGCCAUCGAGAAGGAACUGCUGGAGAGACUGAAGCAGGACACAUAUGGAGACAUUUACAACUUCCCCAUCCACGCCUUUGACAAAGCCCUACAACAGCAAGGGGUAGAGAGUGAGAGCGAGUCGGAGGCAGAGCAGGAAGAGGAGGAGGAUGAGGUAAAGCUUUCAGCCACAGCCCCAUCACUCCUGCCCUGCCCUGGUGCUGAGCUGGGGCACUGCAGGGAUGUGGGUACAAGGGAGUUUGUGGAAGCAGAGGACAGCGAGCUCAGUGACUUUGAGGACAUGGAUAAGUUGGAGACGAGCAGUGAGGAGGAGCAGGAAGAGGAGGAAGAAGUAGAGAAGAAAGCCUCUCACUCCAAAUCUAAAGGGAAAACGCCCCUGAAAGGACCAGCCAGGAGAAAACGUCCCUACAUUGAAAUAGAGUAUGAAGAAGAAACAGAGCCAACCACCAAAACAAAAGCAGCCUGAGGCCUCCCUGAUCCAUUUUGUACUGACUGACAGGACUCCAGAUCUGUCACCAGCUUUCACCGCUGUGCAAGACCUUCAAUAACUCCUUGUUUUAUACUCUAGAUGAAAAAUUGUCUCUAAGAAAAGCAGGGUUUCUGUCCCAACCCCAGGCAAUGGCAGCAAGUUUGUACAACUGGAUGAAGCACAGUUGUAAGGAAGAAGAUCCCCCACCUUCUCUACAGCCAAAAAAAGCUCAGCUUGGCCUGUGCUCCAUGACAGGACCUGGCCUGGGGGUCACUGCUGCUUUGGGCUCUCCAUGGCUGGAGAAGCCACACGUGGCCCAGGGAGUACACACGUGUAUUUUGGGGGACGUGGCAGGUAUGGGGCCAACAGGUGGGACAAGACAGACAGUAACUUUAAAUAAAUAAACCAGUUUUACUGUACAAAAUUGG